GCGAUCCACCAGCAGAUCCGCCGGGACUGCCAACCUUUGGCAAACCUGUACACCCAACACGACAAGUGUCGCCAGGAUCUUUUAGACCUGGGGGUUGAUCCGAACCUUCCGAGUGAAAUUACACCGGAAUAUCUGGACAUGAUAUUCGAUGGAGACCCACGCACUCAGCGAAAGCACGUGCACGUGUGGCUCCAAUGUCCAGACCAGAAGAAGGAAGCAGUGCGUUGUACGGUGAGGCAGUACAGCGACUACGUUGACUUGCCCGUGCCGACCGGAAUGGCACGAUGGUGGCACAAUGUCCUCAUCCAUCGCUCGGAGGAGACAAAGUGGGAAUGGCACAGCCGUUGGCUGUGGCCAGGGACUCGCGUAGAGUUCGGCGACACCGUGUAUCGGGUCACAACCUUCCUUAUCCCGAUAAGAAUGAACCACGACUGA